AUGAUACUUUCUAUUAAUUGUGAGAACGAUAGUAACCUCAAAACUUAAAACUUAGAACUUCUAUAUUCAUCUACACGAUUACCUUAAACAACAAGUUUAUAAAUUAAUACAUUAUAUCAAACUGGAUCUCCAUUAAAAAGAGUGAGAACUUUAAAAAGUCUAAGAAUCAAAGAUAAAGAAACAAUAGUAAAUAGAAUUAGUAAGAGUUUUGAAUUAAGAAAUAUAAGGAAUACAAAAAAAAUAUAAUAAAGAAGAAAAAGUGGUACAGAGCAACUAUCAUAAAAGUAGGUAAAACAUAUAUAAUAUCAAAUAAUAGCUACAUAUUGAUUGUUAGUAUCCUAAUACAAUCAUCAAAUAAUAAGAAAUUAUAUCUAAUGAGUUAUAAAGAACAAAGUAAAGAAAACGGACUGUAUUAAAGAGAAUGUCUAGCAUUCUCAUUAAACAUCAAACCACUAUUAGAAAUAUUAAUAAUCAAGGCAAUUAAAGAAAUAGCGAAGUUUAGUUACUUAUGUUAUAAUCAUAAUAAAAAGGAAAUGAUGAAACUAAUGUUACAUAAUCUUAAGAAGUAAAAAAACAUAAACUAAGAUCCUCUGUUAUAGAACCUGAACAACCUAAAGUAGUCUUAAAUAUUUCUCUAAAAUCCAAAAAGGCAUUUGCUUCAAUCUAAAGUUACAUAAAUGGAAAAGCAAUAAUAUAAACAAAAUAACAAACAUUGAAUCAAAAUAAUUGUGUGAAUUAAACAAAUCCAUUUAUGAACUACAUGGGUUGUUAGAGUCUUACUGAAAUGAAUGGAUUAAUUUAAAAUAAUUCACCAUUGAUUUUAGGAAGAUAUCAAGUAACCAAACCAACAUAUCCUCUACCAGAAAUUAAAUUAAUUUCUUCAGCCAGAAAUAAUUGCUCAUUACUUGAUACAAAUUUCCUAAAACAAAAGAAACCAAUUGGAAAUACAUAAAGGAAAUAGAGAAUUUCUACAAAUUCAUGA